AUGUUGUGGUCGCUCAUUGUCAAUGCUGAACCAGCAGAACAGAGGAUACUGUCUGCAACCACUGUUUACUCCAAUCCAGGAGACUAUUGGCAACGUUUUGAGGUGAAGAGCAUUGAUGACAUCAAAGAGGCUACUGGCUGUAUCGUGGUGGCUACCGUUAUCAGGAUUCAGGUAGAAAAUGGCUGGUACUAUCAUGCGUGCUCAAAGUGCUCGAAAAAGGUUGAACGACUUUAUGAAUUGGUAGAUGAGAAUUCAAGUGAUGAGGGUAUUGCAAGGUUUGAAUGCGGUGAAUGUGGGGUGAUCACUGAUGUUUAUCCCAAGAUUAAGCUUCAGGUACGAGUUCAGGAUGCCACUGGUUCGAGCUCAUUUGUUUUGUUUGAGCGUGAUGUCACUGGAUAUGUCAACAAAACUGCAUCGCAACUCAUCAGCAAUGCUAAUAAUGGUGAUCACUUUGAGUUGUUCCCAGCAGAAUUUAACACUAUGGUUGGUAAGAGAUUUGCUUGGAAAAUCAAGGUGUCGACAUACAACAUCGUCAACAAGUAUUAUGUGUACACGGUUAACAAGUUCACUGAUGAGGAUAGUGUUAUACAAGUUGUUCUUAACAGGGCAGCUACGGGUGAGGAUUCCCAAAAUGAUGUUGAUGUUAUUCCAUCGCAGCCACUCCCUGCACUUACUGCUGGUCCUUCUGCAAAGGAUGUUGUGUCUGGUACUGGUGAAAAUGCCUCCCCAGGUGAAGCAUUGAAAAGUACGACAUCCAGUCCUGGUUUAAAGCAGAAGCAAGCGGUUCAGCAUGAUGAUGAAGAGCUGGUUCUCACUGCUUCAUCUUCAAAGGGGCGUCCUGAUGUCCAGAAGAUUAAGAUCCCUAAACUGGAGAAGUUUUAA